GAACGGAUGGGGUUAGGUUCAUGUCUGUGUGGACAGGAGACUCCAUCGCCAUCCCAUGUACCUAUCAUCAGGAUUACAUAAACCAUGUCAAAUACUGGUGUAAAGGGCAUUCCUGGAAUACAUGCUCUUAUGUCGUACGCACUGACCAUCCCAAUAGCAGUGGUAAGACCUCAAUAUCUGAUGCCAUCAAUCUGAGAACCUUCACUAUGGCUAUGAAAAGUCUAGAACAAAGUGAUUGUGAUAUUUACUGGUGUGUAGUGGAGAAGAACGGACCAGAUGAAUGGAUAGAAUUGUUCAAACUAGUCAUUACAGGUAAGAAGAUCCCUGGAUAGUCCUGUUGAUGAGUGUGUCACUGACAUCCUUAGAUAAUUACUGACAUUAUUGCUUCAUUUUCUGAUAACUAUAGCUGUGCAAGGUGACCCAGGAAAUGUAAAUAAAAUGUUGAAUGGCAUAAAUGUUAGUACUGUAGAAGAAUGAAAAAUGAAAACAAUUCUGUCAGUCUAUUUUGAUAAUGAAACUUACACAUCAUGUAAAUGAGUGGUCUGUUGGAUUAAGAGUCUUGAAUGGACCUUGUUUUUCUACUCCUGAGUUCUUGUGUUCUGAACCUCUCUGUUCAGACAGUCCUAUUGUUGACCAAGAGGAGACUGGCGUUGAGGGAGGUAGUGUUUUUACAUCAAUACCAACUAUUCAAGAGAUCUUUGUUGUACAAACCACAACACAGAUUACCAUCACCAUCAGUAAGUACGGAGCAUACUCUUUUCACACAAUAUUGUGAAUCAGUAAUGCGAAAUCUUCCCGUUUUGAUAUAGGUUCUGCUUUAUAUUCCCACUUUGAUCCUAGUCUGUGAAGUACUGACACUUUGUUUUUUCUUAAACAUUGACAGCGAUGCCAAUACCAACCACCCAGGCACUCUCAGUUAUGACUGGAGAAUAUGCACUCUCCUCUUCCACCUCUCAGGCCUCAGUCAACAACACACACCAUGGAGCCCAGCGAUAAGUGUAGGCUACACUAUCCUAUGGUCAUUAUGCAAAGAUUUAAUGAAUUACUAUCGCAAACCAAUGUUAUUCUUCUACAGAUGGGAGCGAACACUAUUCUACCUGCCGAAAACGGUUAAUGCAGUGCUCUUUUUCCUGUGCACCAUCAUGGCUGUGGUGAAGUUUAGGACAAACCGACUCCGA